AUACUGUUACUUGCUUUCAAUGUCCUGAUGACCAAUAUGCAAACCAUAAGAAAGAUGGAUGCAUCAUGAAAACUAUUAGCUUCUUGUCUUAUGAAGAACCUUUAGGACUCAUUUUAACCACUGUAGCUACUUUGUUUUUCCUCACUACAACAUGGGUGUUGGGAAUAUUUAUUAAGCACAAAGACAGUCCUAUUGUGAAAGCCAACAACCGGGAUCUCACUUACACUCUCCUCAUCUCCCUUCUGCUUUGCUUCUUCUGUUCUUUGCUCUUUAUUGGACAACCUGGAAGAGUCACCUGUCUCCUCAGACAGUCUGCAUUUGGCCUCACCUUUUCAUUGUCCAUCUCUUGUGUGUUGGCCAAAACGAUCCUUGUUUCUCUUGCCUUCAAGGCCACUAAGCCAGGAUCCCGGAUGAGGACAUGGGUGGGGAAGAGACUGGCUGUUUCUAUUGUACUUAUUUGCUCUCUAUUCCAAGCAAGCAUCUGUAUUGUUUGGUUAUCCACCUCUCCCCCAUUCCCAGAAUUAGACAUGCAUUCAGCAAUUGAAGAAAUGGUUCUACAAUGCAAUGAAGGUUCAGUUGUUAUGUUUUAUUGUGUCCUGAGUUAUAUGGCCCUCCUUUCAUUUGCCAGCUUCAUUGUGGCUUUCCAGGCUCGUAAACUGCCUGACACCUUUAAUGAAGCCAAGUUCAUCACCUUCAGCAUGUUGGCUUUCUGCAGUGUGUGGGUCUCUUUUGUUCCAACCUACCUGAGCACCAGGGGAAGAGCCAUGGUGGCUGUGGAGAUCUUCUCUAUCUUGUGUUCUAGUGCAGUGCUUCUAGGAUGUAUAUUUGUCCCCAAGUGCUACAUUAUUGUAUUUAGGCCUGGUUUAAAUAAUAGGGAACAAUUGAUAAGAAGAUUUAUUUAA